AGGUUUGUGGAAAAACCUAGAUUUCCAAAAUGAAUAAAGAUGCCCAGAUGAGAGCAACCAUUAACCAAAAGCUAAUAGAAACGGGAGAGCGAGAACGCCUUAAAGAGUUGCUGAGAGCCAAAUUAAUUGAAUGCGGCUGGAAGGAUCAGUUGAAGGCACACUGCAAAGAUGUCAUUAAAGAAAAAGGAUUAGAGCAUGUUACUGUUGAUGAUUUGGUGGCAGAAAUCACUCCCAAAGGCAGAGCCUUGGUACCAGACAGUGUAAAGAAAGAACUCCUGCAAAGAAUAAGAACCUUCCUUGCCCAGCAUGCCAGUCUUUAACUUUGACGUUUAUCUGGGAUACAGUGUUUCUGUAUUAUGUCAAUCAUGUCAGGAUUGGAAUGCAGUUUCCAUACUUAAGGAUGGAAAUUUUUUUUUUUUUUGUAUGAUGAGUUGAAGUUUCUUUGCACUGCAUCGAUUUCUUAAACUUGGUGUUAUUUUAAUAAAAAAUUUUGUGGACUUG